AAGCAGUCUUGUAGGAAGACAGAGGCUAACGGAACUGAUUCCACAGUGUGGACGGCUGCAGAAAUGAGGUGAAGAAACCGAGACUCGAGGGCCAAGCCCCUUGCCGUAGGUCGCACAGCCAAGGAGGCAGAGCCAGAACUUACACCCAGAUCCGGAGACAACAGGAGAAUGGCCUCCUGGGAUGACAAGGAAGGAGGGACAACGCCUGUUCAGAAUGUUUCCGCCACGGCAAGGUGUUUCAAGUCACAGACAGUCACCCGCAGGGCCAGGGUGGCUCCCGCCGAGAGGAUGAGCAAGUUCCUGAGGCACUUCACCGUCGUGGGGGACGACUACCAUGCCUGGAACAUCAACUACAAGAAAUGGGAGAAUGAAGAGGACGAUGACGAGGAGGAGCAGCCAGCGCCGACGCCAGCCUCAGGCGAGGAGGGCAGAGCUGCUGAUGCAGCUGCCACCCCUGCCCCCGUGCCCAGGCCGCCCCUAGACUUCAGGACCACGUUGAGGAAGCUCUUCAGCUCCCACAGGUUUCAGGUCAUCAUCAUUUGCCUGGUCAUUCUGGAUGCCCUCCUGGUGCUGGCCGAGCUCAUUCUGGACCUGAAGAUCAUCCAGCCCGACAAGAAUAACUAUGCUGCCAAGGUGUUCCACUACAUGAGCGUUGCCAUCCUGACCUUCUUUAUGAUGGAAGUUUUCUUUAAAAUCUUUGUCUUCCGCUUCGAGUUCUUUCACCACAAGUUUGAAAUCCUGGACACCAUCGUCGUGGUGGUCUCGUUCAUCCUUGACAUCGUCCUCCUGUUCCGGGAGCAUGAGUUCGAGGCUCUCGGCCUGCUGAUCCUGCUCCGGCUGUGGCGGGUGGCCCGGAUCAUCAACGGGAUAAUUAUCUCCGUUAAGACACGUUCAGAACGGCAACUGUUAAGGUUAAAACAAAUGAACAUACAAUUGGCCGCCAAGGUCCAACACCUUGAAUUCAGCUGCACCGAGAAGGAACAAGAAAUUGAAAGACUGAACAAGCUCUUGCAACAGCACGGACUCCUUGGUGAGGUGAACUAGACGGGGACCCACUCCACCUCAGAAGACCUUGCUUCCCGGGCCUGUGCCUGUGGCGGGAAGGACGCCGGCCUCUCUGGGGGCCCUCGGGGGGAGAGGCUUGCUUCCAUGCCUUGGCCUCACUCCUGCCCAGUUGGGAUCCUGGGGGACACAGCCUUUCGGAAGGCUCUGUUUCUCCCUUGGUCUGACCGAGGGCUUCCCGUCCCAUUCCCAACCCACACUGUGUAAUAACAAAGGUACCAAACUGUAUCUUCACAUUUUGAACACUUUACUCUUGCUUGAAAAUGAACAAAGCUGGACAAUCACUAGUUGUAUAUAAAAUUUAAUCUCAUCAAAUGUACAGUUUUCACAUUUCACAUGUAUAUUGAGGAACCAGUGCAUCCUUUCAUAUGAGCACUCUGAAAGACAAAAAAAAAAGAGGAAGCUACCUUAGCUACCAGCCCAUUCUAAAAAAGUCUUCUAUAUUUCCAAGAUGUUCUAAACAGCUUCUCUUAUCACAAUUUCCCCCAGGGAGGUUGUUCUUGGGCACCCAGCCCCCUCCUCUGCAUCAUCAAGCUUCUAGCUGGUUCCACCUCUGCCACCUGACAACAUUUUUCUCAAUGACUGUACAAUUAAUGUAUAAACUAAACUCUCUCCUUUCCUCGGGCCCUCCUACCAUAUUCUGUCAAGCUUCAACCGCUUGGAAUGGCUCUGUGGCAUCCCACACCAGCCCUCCAGGUGGAGAGCUCGCUAGCUAUAGUGGCUGGUACAGAAAUGGCAAUUAGACCCAAGACUCCACUGUAAUUAA